AAAGGAGGGGACAAAGCUCGAUCCAGGGCUGAUGGAUGCCCAAGCUAACACGUUACCAUCUCAUCCACGGCCCGGGGGCAUCAGCAUCUCCUCCUCCUCCCCUUCUUCUUCUUCUUUUUUUUCAUUUUUUUUUUUUUUUGGUUAAAAAUCAGCAUCUAUUCUUACUCCCGAAGAAACAUCUAUUCUUACUCCUGAAGAAAGCACAUGUUAGUGGGUCGUAUCUUCUUUUAACGGGUCAGGUAGCAUUAUUGGAAGACCUACUUUCCCAAAUCCUGUCUAGGUCACAUAAUUUCCAUCACGAUCAAGAAAUUGAAGAAUUCAUUUAUUCAAUGCAAGCUGAUCUUCAUUUCUAAUUGGAAUGGAUACAAAGAUCUGGUUAUGGCUAUCUUGUCUCAUCACACUUCUUGCAAUUCUCCUCCCCUUACUUGUGUUCAUUAUCAAGAAGAUCAACAACACUUCACUACCACCUUCAGCACCACCCUUGAACAAUACUUCAGUAACACCCUUGAACAAUUCUUCGGUAUCACCUUCAGUACCAUCCUUGAACACUACUACUUCUUUGCCCACCUCUUCAGUAACACCCUUGAACAAUUCUUCAGCAGCACCUUCAGUACCAUCCUUGAACACUACUUCUUCUCUGCUCACCUCUUCACCUGCAGGGUGUGACUAUGAAGUGUUCUUGAGUUUCAGGGGCGCAGACACCCGUAAUAACUUCACUGACUACCUCUACCACGACCUUGUGGAAGCAGGAAUACGCACGUACAGAGAUGACAAUGAGCUUCGCAUUGGAGAGAAUAUAAGUGAUGAGCUUCUCGAGGCAAUACAGCACUCAAAGAUAUCCAUUCCAGUCUUUUCCAAACGCUAUGCUUCAAGUAAGUGGUGCCUGCUUGAGCUCACCAAGAUGGUUGAGUGUAAGACGACUUUGGGGCGAACCAUAAAACCCAUUUUCUACGAUGUCAAACCAUCCGAUGUGCGACACCAGACGGGGAGUUACGAAAUGGCCUUCCAGGAACACGAGAAGAAAUAUGAUAGUGCUAUUGUGGAGGGAUGGAAGAAAGCCUUGAGGGAGGUUGGAGAAUUGAAGGGUUGGGAAGUUGCUGAUAGGAAUCAAGGACAACUGGUAAAGGAGGUUGUUUCAGAGGUAUGGGAAGAGUUGAAAAGGAACACAUUGGUUGUAAAUGAAUGCUUAGUCGGAAUUGAAGAUCAUGUAGAAAAAAUGAUGAAAUUGUUGAGUGUUAAUUCCAAUGAUGUAAGGAUUGUGGGAAUCCAUGGCAUGGGAGGAAUUGGUAAGACCACUAUAGCCAAGGUCAUCUACAACCAACUCUCCCAACACUUUCAAUCCUGUUGCUUCCUUGCAGAUGUUAGAGAAAAAGCACAACACCAAAAUGGUCUUGUUCAUUUGCAAAACCAACUUAUAUCUAACAUUUUAAAACAGAAACGUGCUGACAUUAGUACUCUGGAUGAAGGUAUUAAUGUAAUCAAAAAUAGAUUUUCUGGGAAGAGAAUUCUUGUUGUUGUUGAUGAUGCUGAUAAAAAAAUUCAUCUUCAUGCACUUGUGGGGAAGUGUGACUGGUAUGGUUCAGGAAGUAGGAUAAUUGUCACAACUAGAAACAAAGAGCUUCUAAAUCCAGAGGUCAAUUGGAAUUAUGAACCAAAGGAAUUGCAUUUUGAUCAAUCUCUUCGACUUUUCAGCAGGCAUGCUUUUAGAAGGGACCAUCCUCCAGCAGGCUUUGAUUCUCUCUCAAGAAAAGUAGUGGACACUACUGGAGGGUUGCCUUUGGCUCUUGAGGUGAUCGGUUCAUCUUUAUCUGGCAAAGGAAAAGAUUUUUGGGAAGCUACAUUGAAGCAGUUGGAAAGAGAACUGCAUGGUGAAGUAAAGGAGAAGCUGAGAAUAAGUUACGAAGCAUUAGAAGAUGGCCAAAAAAAGAUAUUUCUUGAUAUUGCAUGUUUUUUCAUUGGAGUGGAUAGAAGAAUUGCUUUCCACAUGUGGGAAGCAUGCAAUUUUUUUCCGGGAAAACAGAUUGAAAUUCUCCUUCUUCGGUCAUUUGUGAAAAUUGGAGAUAACAAUGAACUUAGAAUGCAUGAUCAGCUUAGAGACCUCGGUAGAGAUAUUGUCCAUCAGGAAAAUAAGAAUGAUCCGGAGGAGCGUAGCAGGGUAUGGGUUCAUGACGAAGCCUAUGAAAUAUUGCAUAAUAAGACGGGAACAAGUAAGGUUGAAGCUGUCUGUGUUAACUUUGAAUCAAGAGAGUUACAAGUAGAGAUAGGACGGCUUACAAAUGAAGAAUUUGAGGCAAAGUUAAGACGGCUUACACAUGAAGAUUUUGCAAACCUAUCUAGUCUAAGGUUCCUUCAAGUUGACUAUGCAAACCUGGAUGGAGAUUUUGAGGGUCUUCUUUUAAAGUUAAGAUGGCUUCGCUGGAACGGAUGUCCUUAUAUUUUUAGACCAAUCAAUUUUCAUCUAAAGAAUCUGGUCAUUCUUGAUUUAUCAUGGAGCAAGGUCACAGAAGCCUGGGAGGGUUGGAAUCAUAUCAAGAUGGCUAGAAAGUUGAAAGUUCUAAAUCUCACAAGUUGUCGUUACAUGGUUAGAACUCCUAACUUCUCUGCAUUUCCAACUCUAGAAAGAUUGAUUCUUGAAGGCUGUGACAAUUUGGUUCAUAUUGACCCGUCAAUUGGGUUUCUCAAGAGUCUAGCUUUCUUAAAUGUGAGGUAUUGUUAUGAACUCAAAAGUCUGCCUCUGGAAUUUGAUUUUGUGGAAUCUUUAACGGAGCUCCUCAUCGAUGGUACUUCUAUACAACAAGUCCCUAUUGGUGGAGGUGUUAUGAAGAAUCUUGAAAUUCUCAGUGCCAGUAAUUGUGAGUCACUGACUCAAAUUUCUACCUCAAUCGGUGACCUAAAAUCUCUGUCGUACCUUAAAUUUGAUGAGUCAUGUAUCACUGAACUACCAGACUCGAUUGGUUUGCUAGUGAAAUUGCGAUGCUUGUCACUACAUUGGUGCGAAUUAAAACAACUUCCGGACUCCAUUGGGAAAUUGGAAUCAUUAAUUGAGUUGCGCUUGUCAGAAGCAAAAUUUACAAAAUUACCUGAUACCAUUGGCAACCUAAAACAGUUGAGAAUUCUUGAGAUUCAGUUUUCUUUGAUAGUGGAGCUACCAAGUGCCAUCGGAAUGUUACUGGAACUUGAAGUGUUAGAUGCCUCGGGUUGUUUAUGUUUGAAGAGGUUACCUGAUCUAUCUAACUUGGAAAUGCUGAAAGAAUUAAAGUUGUUCUUUUGCAAGAACCUACGUGAGUUUGAGGGUCUCAAGGGUUUGAAAUCCUUGAAGACGCUAAACUUGUCAAAUUGCGAAGCCUUGGAGAGGUUACCUGAUCUAUCGAACUCGGAAAUGCUGGAAGAAUUAGUCCUGUCCACUUGCACGAAGCUACAUGAGAUUAAGGGUCUUAAGGGUUUGAAAUCAUUGAAGACGCUUAACUUGUCAAAUUGCAAAGCCUUGGAGAGGUUACCUGAUAUGUCGAACUCAGAAAUGCUAGGAAAUUUAAACUUCUUCCACUGCCAGAACCUACGUGAGUUUGAGGGUCUUAAAGGUUUCAAAUCCUUGAAGACGCUGAACUUGUCAAAUUGUGAAGCCUUGGAGAGGUUACCUGAUCUAUCGAACUCGGAAAUGCUGGAAGUAUUAGUCCUGUCCACUUGCACGAAGCUACAUAAGAUUAAGGGUCUUAAGGGUUUGAAAUCCUUGAAGACGCUGAACUUGUCAAAUUGCGAAGCCUUGGAGAGGAUACCUGAUCUAUGGGGCUCGGAAAUGCUAGAAGAAUUAAAGUUGUCCAAUUGCCAGAAGUUACAUGAGAUUAAGAGUCUUAAAGGUUUGAAAUCAUUGAAGACACUUAACUUGUCAAAUUGCGAAGCCUUGGAGAGGAUACCUGAUAUAUCGGGCUCAGAAAUGCUGGAAGAAUUAAAGUUGUCCGAUUGCCAGAAGUUACAUGACAUUAAGAGUCUUAAUGGUUUGAAAUCAUUGAAGACGCUUAACUUGUCAAAUUGCGAAGCCUUGGAGAGGAUACCUGAUCUAUCGGGCUCGGAAAUGCUGGAAGAAUUAAAGUUGUCCGAUUGCCAGAAGUUACAUAAGAUUAAGGGUCUUAAAGGUUUGAAAUCAUUGAAGACGCUUAACUUGUCAAAUUGCGAAGCCUUGGAGAGGAUACCUGAUCUAUCGGGCUCGGAAAUGCUGGAAGAAUUAAAGCUGUCCGAUUGCCAGAAGUUACAUGAGAUUAAAAGUCUUAAAGGUUUGAAAUCAUUGAAGACACUUAACUUGUCAAAUUGCGAAGCCUUGGAGAGGAUACCUGAUCUAUCGGGCUCGCAAAUGCUGGAAGAAUUGAAGUUGUCCGAUUGCCAGAAGUUACAUGAGAUUAAGGGUCUUAAAGGUUUGAAAUCAUUGAAGACACUUAACUUGUCAAAUUGCGAAGCCUUGGAGAGGAUACCUGAUCUAUCGGGCUCGGAAAUGCUGGAAGAAUUAAAGCUGUCCGAUUGCCAGAAGUUACAUGAGAUUAACAGUCUUAAAGGUUUGAAAUUCUUGAAGACACUUAACUUGUCAAAGUGCACAGCCUUGGAGAGGUUACCUGGUCUAUCGAACUCUGAAAUGCUAGAAAAAUUGAAGCUCUACCAGUGCCAGAAUCUAUAUGAGAUUGGGGUUCUUAAGGCUUUGAAAUCCUUGAAGAUCCUGAACUUGUCAUAUUGCACAGCCCUGGAUAGAAUACCUGAUCUAUCGAACUACGAAAUGCUAGAAAAAUUGAAGCUCCACCAGUGCUCAAAGCUACAUGAGAUUGGGGGUCUGAAGGCUUUGAAAUCUUUGAAGAUGUUGGACUUGUCAUAUUGCACAGCCUUGGAGAGGAUACCUGAUCUAUCGAACUUGGAAAUGCUGGUAGUAUUAAAGCUCUACCAGUGCCUGAAUCUACAUGAGAUUGAGGGUCUUAAGGCUUUGAAAUCCUUGAAGAUCCUGGACUUGUCAUAUUGCAUAGCCUUAGAGAGGAUACCUGAUCUAUCAAACUCGGAAAUUCUAGAAGAAUUAAAGCUCUACAAGUGCCAGAAGCUACAUGAGAUUGAGAGUCUUAAGGGUUUGAAAUCCUUAAAGAUGCUGCACUUGUCAUAUUGCACAGCUUUGGAGAGGAUACCUGAUCUAUCGAACUCAAAAAUGCUGGAAGAAUUAAAUUUCAACAAGUGCCAGAAGCUACAUGAGAUUGAGGGUCUUAAGGCUUUGAAAUCCUUGAAGAUGUUGGACUUUUCAUAUUGCACAGCCUUGGAGAGGAUACCUGAACUAUCGAACUCCGAAAUGUUGGAAACAUUAAAGCUCUACAUGUGCCAGAAGCUACGUGAGAUUGAGGGCUUUAAGGGUUUGAAAUCCUUGAAGAUAUUGGACUUGUCAUAUUGCACAUCCUUGGAGAGGAUACCUGAUCUAUGGAACUCGGAAAUGCUUGAAAAUUUAGUGCUUACCCACUGCCAGAAGCUACAUGAGAUUGAGGGUCUUAAGUCUUCGAAAUCCUUGAAGAUCCUGGACUUGUCAUAUUGCACAGCCUUGGAGAGGAUACCUAAACUAUCGAACUCUGAAAUGUUAGAAACAUUAAAGCUCUACAUGUGCCAGAAGCUACGUGAGAUUGAGGGUUUUAAGGGUUUGAAAUCCUUGAAGAUGUUGGACUUGUCAUAUUGCACGUCCUUGGAGAGGAUACCUGAUCUGUUGAACUCGGAAAUGCUUGAAAAAUUAGUGCUUACCUACUGCCAGAAGCUAUAUGAGAUUAAGGGUCUUGAGGCUUUGAAAUCCUUGAAGAUGUUGGACUUGUCAUAUUGCACAGUGUUGGAGAGGUUACCUGAUCUAUCGAACUCGGAAAUACUGGUAGUAUUAAAGCUCUACCAGUGCCAGAAGCUACAUGAGAUUGAGGGUCUCAAGGAUUUGAAAUCCUUGAAGAUGCUGGACUUGUCAUAUUGCACAGCCUUGGAUAGGAUACCUGAUCUAUCGAACAUGGAAAUUCUGGAAGCAUUAAAGCUCUACCAAUGCCUAAAGCUACAUGAGAUCGAGGGUCUUAAGGGUUUAAAAUCCUUGAAGACGCUGGACUUGUCAUAUUGCACUGCCUUGGAGAGGUUACCUGAUCUAUCAAACAUGGAAAUGCUGGAAGAAUUAAAACUCUACCAGUGCCAAAAGCUACAUGAGAUUGAGGGUCUUAAUGGUUGGAAAUCCUUGAAGACGUUGGACUUGUCAUAUUACACGGCUUUGAAGAGGAUACCUGAUCUAUCAAACUCCAAAAUGCUGGAAGAAUUAAUACUCUUCCGGUGCCAGAAGCUAUAUGAGAUUGAGUGUCUUGAUGGUUUGAAAUCCUUGAAGAUGUUGGACUUGUCAUAUUGCAAAGCCUUGGAGAGGAUACCUGAUCUGUCCAGACUAACAAAUUUAGAGAAAUUGAGACUUUGUAACUGUGAGAAACUUAGUGAGAUUUGGGGACUUGAAGAACUGAAAUUCUUAAAAUUCCUGGACAUUUCUGGAUGCAAGUCACUAGGACACUUGCCAGCCAUUUCGAACAUCAAAACAGUUUGGUUUAACAUGCAACAUGAUGGCAUGGUAAUUGAUUUAACAUCCAUGCAUGCCAGUUAACAUUGAAGAACUAUAUUGAACACUAGUUUUUUGGCAGUUGGAUCUAAGGAAACAGACAAAGAGUAAUGAGACAGUUCCUAACGCUCAUAUUAAAGCUGAAAAAAAUUUCAGAGGUAUGCAUGAUUUGAUGGAAAAUGCAAGUCCUGCUGGGAAAAUCAAUAGGAAUAGGGAGAUUGAAAUAGAGGAUUGUUCAAAAUGUUCGGCAAGUGGUUCUCCCUUUACAAGCCGGAAUAAUAUGGACAUGGAAGGAGAUGCAGAAAAGAAGCAACAGAUGCUCAUUCUUAUUGGUUUUGAGGAAGUUCAUAAUUAAGGAAUCCCAACACCUACUCAAACCUUUUGGGACUGGUUUGGUCUCUAGUAUCAUUAAUCAGUCUCUAAUAUCAUUCAGAUAGGUUUUGGCAAGAAAGCAGACCAAGAGCCUUGAGGAUGCAGAAGAACGGAUGGGAAGAAAUGGAGGUGCUCAAAGGUAGCAUAGCCAGACUCCAAACCCGAAGUGUGAAGAAGCUUUGUUCAGAACAUCUUUGGUGUCAAAGGCAAUAUGUCAGACAAGUGAAGAAAUUAAAAGUAGUGAAGAAGGAGCAGGAGCAUCGGGAGCAAAAGUUACUCCGGAGCUAGAGGGAAAAGGUGGGCUAUGAGAAACAAGAGGAUGAGAACUGUGAGGAGUCAUGAAACACGAGAUCAAAGUAUAUUGUUGUAGCAGUUUGGAAGAAGAGUUUGAAUGUUGAACGGCCGCAUUCGUAUGCCAUAUAAAUUAUUAUAUUUCUCCUGAAAUUUCCUUUGUAUCAUAUGAUACUGAUGUUUAUGUAAAUCUAAAGUUCGUUUGAUUCUUUUGAUAUAAUUACCCCAUGUGGAGAUGCUAAUUAAAUACAAAAGUCAUGUUUCAGAUGAGCAGGAGAGCUAUAGUGUGAUAAAGUUGAGAACCUAUGCUAGCAGGUUUUAUCACUUUUAGCGGGAGAUGUAGUGUAUUUACAAUCUCUACCAAGGGAAAUUGUCCACAACGGAUUUUUAGGCCGUCUCUAAGUGAGUUUACAGGUUCUGACUAGCAAUUGUGGUCUCAUUCGUAGUAUGACGCCUAUUUCUCAAUCAAAUCUUCUUAUCGCAUUGCAAAC